AUGGUAACUUCGUUCUUCUACGGCCUCCAGGUAUGGCUGUACAUUGACGUUCCGAUGACAUAUAAAACGGUGUACUCUUUCACCACGGCAGAGGCUGGGUUGGCCUUCGCGGGGAUGGGUGUGGGUAUGUUCACCGGUCUAAUCAUCUUUGGCUUCUUCACCGACGUGAUUGUGAAGAGGCUGGCACGGAAUGGAGAAAGUUUGCCCGAGCAUCGUCUCCCAUUGCUCAAUGGAGCGGCCAUCCUUGUUGUGGUCGGUUUGAUCAUCUACAACAUGGCGGCCCGGCCCGAAAUGUCCUACCUGUUGCCGCUGGUUGGAAACUUCCUGAUCGGCAGUGGACUAUUCGCCAUAACAGUGAGUCAUCACUCGGAUCCUGUCUUAUGA